UGACAUCUGAAAUGACAUUAACAAUGAUCUAUUAUUGAGGUUAUGUUGCACUGUUUUGAUAUUCCAACGUCAUAUUUACAUUCACACCUGACAUAAAAAUUCAGAAAGAAAAUCGAGAAGAACUCAAAUUUCCGCGAAAAAUUCCUUCCAAUUUACCGAAAUGGCACUGUUUCAAAUGAAAUGGCUGAGAAACUUUGUUCGCCGACACACGUCACCAGUUCCAUUUAAUGUAGCCGAAACAUGGAAGCAACGACUCAGUAUCGCCUAUGCAUUCUUUGCUUGGAAUGCAUUCGGCUUUGUGUUGUAUCAAUGUUAUCAGGGGAAAGUAGAUUGGGCUAAAUCGGCUGGAUUGAAGUCACAGGAGGAGAUCGACAUGCCGCCGGCGGUCGCAUUUGCCAAACAAUUCAACAUGGAAAAGGCUAGAGUAAUCCGAGUCAGCGGAAUGGACUAUCACACGUACGACAUAGACAACACAGCCGAAAUGGAAGCGGAUGCAACAGAGAAAUAAGAGUAAAUAGUCAGCAAAUCGAGAGAUAUAUUUUAGGUAGAUUUUUAUUCGUAUAAUUAUGUAGGUAAAAAUACACGAAAUCAAUUUUAAAAAAUAAAGUCGUGAGACGAAAAGGCACUGGUUUUUCUUUAACUGAA